AUGACUACAUCUCUCCCCUACCGUCGUUCCUCCCGGCAGGCGUCGUCAAGGCAGGCGAGCAUGGACCCUCGAAAUGAGAUCAGCGUCCAGAUGGACCACUACAUCGGUGUGGAUGUAGGGACUGGCAGUGCCAGAGCUUGUAUCAUCGAUGAUAAAGGUAAUAUCGUGGGUUUGGCGUCGGAAAACAUUGGUUUAUGGCAGCCUCAACAAGGGUACUACGAACAAUCUACUACUGAUAUAUGGCGCUGUAUCUGCAUCUCAGUACAACGCGCCAUUAGCCAGCAUAACAUUAAUCCAGGCUCCAUAAAGGGCAUUGGUUUCGACGCUACAUGCUCUUUGGCUGUGUUCGCCGAAGAUAGUGACGAGCCCGUCUCCGUGACGGGGCCAAAUUUCGACACCGAUCGCAAUAUCAUUCUUUGGCUGGAUCAUCGACCCGUCGAAGAAACCGAAAAGAUCAAUGCCACAGGACACAAUCUCCUUCGCUAUGUUGGAGGGAAAAUGUCCAUUGAGAUGGAGAUUCCCAAAGUGCUUUGGCUUAAGAACAACAUGCCGAAAGAGCUUUUUGACAAGUGCAAAUUCUACGAUCUAGCUGAUGCCCUGACCCACCUAGCCACAGGGAACGAAAAGAGAAGCUUCUGUAGUGUCGUUUGCAAGCAAGGCUACGUUCCGGUCGGCGUUGAUGGUAGUGUCAAAGGCUGGCAAGAGGAUUUCCUUAAUAAUAUUGGCCUGGGGGAACUUGCAGAGGACGGUUUCAAACGAAUGGGCGGCAUCAACGGCCAGAAUGGAGAAUAUCUCAGUGCAGGGGAGCUAGUUGGCACUCUUUGCGAAAAGGCCGCCAGUGAACUCGGUCUGCCCGCUGGGAUUGCGGUAGGAAGCGGCGUUAUCGAUGCAUAUGCUGGAUGGAUUGGCACUGUCGGUGCCAAAGUUCAGUUAAGCGCUGAUCUAUUGAGCUCUGAUGCGGCCAAAAAUGACAAGUCACAAGCAUUCACUCGCUUGGCUGCUGUGGCCGGAACGUCAACAUGCCAUCUCGCUAUGUCUCCCAACCCAGUCUUCGUGCCGGGUGUCUGGGGCCCAUACCGUGAUACCAUUAUCCCGGGUUAUUGGAUGGCUGAAGGAGGGCAGUCAGCGACUGGCGAACUGCUAAAACACGUUAUUGAAACCCAUCCUGCAUUCAACCAAGCACUUUCAGUCGCUGAAUCCUACCACACAAACAUCUACGACUACUUGAAUGAACACCUGAAGGAACUCGUCUCUGAAUCCAAUGCUCCCACUAUCUCCUAUCUAGGCCGUCAUUUCUUCUUCUACGGAGAUUUAUUUGGCAACCGUUCACCCGUUGCUGAUCCCAACAUGUCUGGCUCUGUCAUUGGACUAUCAAGCGAUAAAUCAGUCAGCGGACUCGCACUUUAUUACUACGCGACACUGGAAUUUAUCGCCCUCCAGACUCGCCAGAUCGUCGAAACUAUGAACAAAGCGGGCCACAAUAUCACGUCCAUAUUCAUGUCUGGCUCCCAGUGCCAGAACGACAUUCUCAUGUCCCUUAUUGCAUCCGCAUGCGACAUGCCCGUGUUAAUACCCCGGUACGUACACGCAGCGGUUUGCCACGGUGCAGCCAUGCUCGGUGCCAAAGCCGCUAGCGCAGAUAAAGACGGCAAGACAGAGGAUCUGUGGGAUAUCAUGGACCGUAUGAGCAAGCCUGGCAAAGCGGUGCAUCCGACCAAGGAUAAGUCCGAGAAGGCGUUGCUGGAGGUGAAGUACAAGGUGUUUUUGGAGCAGUGCUACAAGCAACAGGAGUACAGGAACAGCGUGGACGAGGCGAUCAAGGGAUGGGGAGCUUAG